AUGCACUGCCACGUGUCACCAUCGUCCGGGUCAGGCACCACCCUCCAACCAUCUCUCCACACUCCCCACGUGCCUUACCUGUGCCAAAACGAGCCCAACACCUUCUCUUACCUUUAUACAAGCAUAUAUGUCUUCCCUCUCCAAUUCAAAGUCAAUGCAGACCACAAAGCCCUAGUGUUCACUUUCUAUCCCCAUAGUUCCAUAUCUGUGAACACAUUUUGUUUUUUCAAAUCCAAUUUUUCUGUGGAAAUGUAUCUCAUUCCCAACAACAUUGGCUCAUGGUACAAAAAACGAGCAAAUGGAGAUGAAGAUGAUGAUGAUGAUGGCGAUGAUGGAUAUGACUACGUCCCUGCAGCAUGUAAGGAAAGAGAUGGAGAUGGAGAUGGAGAUAGCGAUGAUGAUGAUGGAGAUUACGACUAUGCUCCCGCAGCAUAGCAUCACUGGAGACUAACGAUGACAAUGAUGGUAAUAGCAGCUAUGAUAUUUACUUCUGCGGCAUCAAUGGAUUACAUAUUAGUAGUGUUAUAUGUGGUAUUGGUGCUCUAUGUUAAUGAUAGAGUGGCUUUAAAAGCUAAUGAUGGGUUUGUCAAAAACCCUACUUUUUUGUAGUUUAUAUUGAGGUUAUGCAUUUGAUGUUCAUGAGAUCAUGAUUUUAAUGGAACUUCAUAUAUUUUUG